GAUGGCGGCGGGCGAUGGCGCGGCGGCGGCCGAGGGCACCGCGGGGCCGGGGCCGGGGCCGGGGCCGGUGUCGUUCGCUUUCAGCCGCAGGGCGGAGCGACGGCGGCCGCUGCCCGCGGGACCCUGCGCGGAGCCCGGCGCCGGCGGCGACACCGACAGCGACACUGACUUCCUGACGGCGGUGGAGGACCGGGAGCUGCUCAGCACGCGGCCGGCCCCGCCCCCCAAGAAAGAGCUGGUGAUCCCCCUGAUCCCCCCCCACCGCUGGAGGAACCCGGAGCCCCCCCGUGCCGACACAGGCCCCGCCCCCGCCGCUGACUCCGCCCCCAACACAGCCCCCGCCGGAGACCCCCCGGGCCCCCCCUCGGUGGAGGCUCAGGCGGUGCAGGAGCUGCUGCAGGAGGCUCGGCAGAGUCAGGAGCAGCCCAACGGGGACUCGGGACCCCCCAUCUCCAUCCCCCUCCAGCUGCCCGACAAGGACAUUGCCACGGGGCCACAGCCGACUGCCCAGGACUACGAGGCCGUGCCCGUGGGCCAGUUCGGACUGGCCAUGCUGCGGGGGAUGGGCUGGAGCCAGGGCCAGGGCAUCGGGCGCACCUUCCCCAGGGUCGUGACCCCACUGGAGCACCGGCCACGCCCGCGGGGGCUGGGGCUGGGGGCUGAGGCCGCCCCCCCGGGCGCCCCCAAAGCCGGGGAGCCCUCCCAGGGGGGCCCGGCCGUGGGGGACCCCGUGCGCGUUGAGGCCGGGCCCCACCGCGGCGUGGAGGGCAAGGUGGAGGCACUGGACCCCGAGACCGGGCGAGCCCUGGUGCGGCUGCAGCUCGGGGGGCAGGUGGUGGCCGUGAACCAGCACGGGCUGAGCCCAGUCAGCACUGUCCCUCCCAGUUUCCCACAGAAUCCUCUCCCAGUGCCUCCCAGUAGCUCCCGGUUCCCCACAGGUGCCUCUGGCCGUCCCCCCCAGAAGGGGUCGGAGGAACAGGGUGGGGAGCCCCCGCGGGGAGGGGGCUCCAAGCGGAAGGAGCCCCCCGAGAACGAGAGGGCUGGGAAGCAGCCGCGAGGGGCCCCCCCCGUGCCCCCCCACUGGCUGCGCCGGGACCUGCGGGUGCGCUGCGUGGACCGGGCCUUCCGCGGGGGCCGCUUCUACAACUGCAAGAUGCAGAUCGAGGACCUGCUGGCUCCCGACACCUGCGUGUGCCGCACGGACGACGGGCGCCUGGUAGAGGGCCUGCGCGAGGCCUCUCUGGAGACCGUGGUGCCCCGGGGCAGCUCUGACCGCGUCAUGGUGGUGCUGGGGGAGCACAAAGGGAAGGUGGGCCGGAUCCUGGAGCGGGAGCCGGAGCGCGGGCGGGCGCUGGUGCAGCUGGGCCGGGAUGCGGCCCCGCAGGUGCUGCCGCUGCCCUACGACUCCAUCUGCCAUUACCUGGGGGGCAGCGACGACGACUGAGACCCCCCAAAACCUCCCACCAGCUUCCGGCCGCGGCUUCAGGGGAAUAAAACGUGUCCGAAGGA